AUGCAGAUACCUUGCGACUAUCAGCUGGCCGUGUCUGAUUGGGAGGGGACGUCAGCCAUGGAACCAACUGCAUGGGUUCCUGGCUUCCCUUUUGAGAUGACUGUUGCUGCUCCUGCUAGCAAUACUCUGGUCGUCAGCUCUAGCGGUCUGCAGCAGCUGAACAUGGUUGAGGAGAGUACUGGUCAUCAGUACGAGUGGAGUAGUCCAAUUGAAGUGUUCGAGCAAGCAACUCAAGCAUUUGAGGAUGAACAUGGCGAGAUGGAAACGAAGAUCCACCUGUUCCCUGCAAGCAUGAAAGAUCUCUCAGCCGAGUACGCCGCCCCAAAGAUCGUAUCCAUCGGCCCUUACCACCACGGCAAGAGCCCGGACUUCCGGGAGAUGGAGAGUGCCAAGUACGCGGCUGCCUGCCACUUCAUCAAGGACUCGGGACACUCUGUCGAGGAGGUGUGGGGGGCCGUCUUGGAGGUGGCGGACGAAGCCCGCAGCCACUACGACGAGGAGAAGGUGCGACGUUUCGGCGAUGACGAUUUCAGACCUAUGAUGUUCUAUGAUGGCUGCUUCUUGCUGCAGUAUAUGAUGUCUUGGUGCGGACACAAAGGCGAUGAUGAUGAUGUCAUGGUAGUGGAUGUGGAUCCGUUGCUGAAUAGUGUUUUCAGCUCCAAUGACCGCCGAAUCUUCAGCGACCUUGUGUUGCUUGAGAACCAGCUCCCUUGGGUGGUGGUUAAAAAGCUCAUGGGCUUCAUGCCCAAGCCCCUGGACAUGGAAACGUUCCUUGGACGGGUGAAACCGUCUCUGCGAUCCCGCCGAGAUAUUGAAUUUGAUCCUGUUAUACUGGACAGUAGCUACAAGCCUCCGCAUCUCCUUGGCCUCCUACGACACUACUUUGUAGGGAGAAAUCACAUUAGUUCUACUCAGGUGUCUGAGACUCAGACCGAAAUAUCCCACAAGGCCAAGAAAGUAUCACUUUCUGUCAGCAUCAUCGAACUUGCAGAGAUCGGCAUCAAGCUCACAGCCACCAAAAAUAAAAUAGAACUACAAGACAUGGGCGUCAGGAGAGGGAUCUUCACUGGAGAGCUCUUCCUGGCGCCUUUGUUAUUGGACGAUGCUAACGCAGGCUUCCUCGUCAACAUGGCAGCUUUGGAGCUGUGCAUGACCCCCGAUUUCUUCGAAACCUAUAAUACAAUGUCUGUUGUCUGCUCGUACCUCUGCCUCCUGGGCAUGGUCACGGAUAGUGAGAAGGAUGUGCAGCGGCUGCGGAAGAAGCAUAUCCUGCAAGGAGGAGGAGGGCUCACCGACAGGAACGCGCUUGACUUGUUCACCAGCCUCGAGAAGCACCUGCGCCUCGGGAAAUCCUAUGACAACACAAUUGUAGGCAUUGAAAACUACAAGGUCGAUAGGUGGUUGUGGAUCAUAGUGUACAAGUUUGUUUACAACAACCUCAAAAUCAUCAUCGCAGUGGUGUCCGCCAUGGCUGGAUUUGCCGGCUUCCUUGGUGCGAUCAAGUCUCUCAAGGGAUCAAGAUAA